AUGACUAUGAUGCUUGCAACGCAGCGCGCCGCCGGCUGGGACCCCGGGACCAGCGCCGGCCCCCUUGGCGCUCGUCCGGCAGACCUCCAGUGUCUUCGGAGCAGCGUCUCAAAGGAGAACUGCACGACUGCGUCCGACGAGGGCAUCUCCUUGCCGGGCGUCAAAAUGAACCCGUCGGGGAAAAACAAAAACGUGAACGGAGGCAUCAGCCACGAGAGCGGCAACCACUGGCGUAUCAGUCUGGAAGCCGGUGGCCACGGGUCAGGAGAAGUCCAGAGCCACCACGGGGCGGAAGAACCUCUCACCGCCACAGACAACGCCAUCUUCUCGGCAGAGGCGCCGGAGAACCUAAAAGAGCAUCCGCGAGCGGAAAGCCACAACUCUGGCGUCACCUUGAGCGACAGCAACAACAACCCGGAAGCCUCCGGCGACCGCAAAUCCCGGCUGGACGGCGCGGAUUCCCGGGCCAGAGACGCCCACCCCGGCGCGCGCCAUUCUGCCACCAAAGCUUUGAGCUGCGUGAGCGAGGCCCGGCAGCGCAGCUCUUCGGCCGAGGUCCCUCGCCACGGCGACGACAGCGUUUCCAGGAACCCCAAGCCCAAAGCGCAGCUCUGCGACUCGGCCAGGAAGGCCUUCAUCCUGCGCAGCAAGAGCGCCGACGCCGGAGCAGAACAGCACAAACAGGUCCGCUCGCCUCUGCAUCAAAACCUCAUCCCGGGUCACAAGUCCGGGUGCCCCAACAAAAGGGCCAAUCACGGAAAAGCGCACAGUUUGAAUCACGAGGCGGAAAAGGACGACGACUCCAAGUCUUUGGAGCGCCUGCAACAGCGCUCCCCUCUGGCGUCGCCGGUCAAAAGCGCGUCGCUGACGGCCGACGGCGAAGAUUCAAAGGCUCCGGCGGCACAGCCGCACGCCGCCACCAUUCACCCGGAGCGACUCCCCGCCGACCCGUCGGCCUCUUUGGAGCCGGGCUCCCCCCCAGCCGCCCUGCUCCCGCCGGGUGGGACCGCCUCGCUCCUGCUCAGGACCGCGUCGGACUCCGGACAAGUGAACGGUCCUCCGAGCGCCGCCGCGGGCAAGAGCGCGUCCGUUCGCCAGAGCGACUUUUCAGCCGACAAUCAAGUGGUCCUCAACGGCCAUUCGCCCAGAACGCCGCCGGCCACCCCCCACCUUGAAUCGGAACCGGGGGUCGGGAGAGCCGCCGCGUACCACGGCGGAACGGUGGCGCCGAAGCCCAAGGUUUUGCAAAGGUCUCAGCAGAGCAUCAGCGAGCCCAAACUUUCCCAAGUCCCGCCUCAGACGUACGCCAAUGUCUACUACGCCAACUGCCAGAGUGCUGCUUCCAGAGCUGCCAAAACGUCCCUUCCCGCCAACGCCAGAUCCCACGAGGCUAUCUCGGGAGCGGAAAGCGCUACCUUUUUCACGUUCGCCCGUCCGCAGAACAGGGAGGAACCCGACCCGUGGGCCAAAGGCCUCCAAAGCUACCAGACGUACAUUUGCGAGGCGCACGUGAUGAAGGAAGGCAAGACGGAGACCCGUUGCAAUUCUCUGGAUUCCGAGCCCGGCGGCGGCGGCGGCGGCGUGACGCCGGACUGGGGCUUGGACGAGGAAGGCUGGCUCUUCAAGCGUUCCGUCUCGGUGUCCACCAGACCCCCGUUGAAGCCGGUCAUGGGCAUGAACGGGGCCAAGGCCCGGAGCCAAAGCUUUGGCGCUCGCUACGCCGAGCGCCCCGGCUUCAAUCGCUCCGGCAAGGUGCGCACUCAGAUCAAAACGCACUCCGGGAGCUCCCUCAACUCGCUGGGCGACGUUCUGCCGGGAAGCGUGAGCUGCUCCGCCAGCUACCACUGCCCCUUGAACCGAUCGCUCCUCAACAACUUCCUGAUGGAGGAAGGCCCGGCGCUUCCUCCGUGGCCGGGCUCGUCCGGCGAAAGGCUCCAGAGACGCCUGCAGAUCGAGCAGCAGUUCCGCAGCGCCUUCGGCGAACCCGUCUGCGAAGAAGCCGAGAGGCGGAGCGCCGUCACCGCCAUCGAGGAGAAGGUGAUGCUCGGCAUCGAGGAGAACUUGCACAAGUCUCAGGAGCAGGAGAGGAGCAGCCAAGUCAAGCACAAGUCCGGAUCCGCCUUGGCCAACUGGUUCGGUUUCCGCAAGGGGAAGCUUCCGGCCAAGACGGACGUGGCCAAGGCCAAAGAGGAGAAGAGGGAUCCCAAGAUGAGCUCGCUGCUGGCUGGGGGGAAGCAGACCAAGACGGACAAGAAGAGAGAGCGGAGAAAAAGCGACGGAAAAGACUGCUCGGCGGGAAGGAGAGAGUCGCACGAUGCGGUGCGAGCGUGCAUCGCCGUGCCCUGCCCGGGGAUCUUGCCGCGCGGUGACAUCAUCGGGGACACGCAGAGAGGUGAGGGGGAAAAGGCAGCCCUGAUGGCCAGCGCCCUGCAGGACGCCGUCACGGGGUCCGGCCGCCAGAUGCGAACCUUGGACAGCGGAAUCGGGACCAUCCCCCUCCCCGAAUCCUGCUCCUUCUUCUCCUCCAUCCUGCACCUCCUCCCCAAGUCCUCAUCAUCAACCCCUGGGCCCGAACCCCAGCCGCCCGUGGCGGGCUCCUCCGGCGAGGAGGCGUCCCCGCUCCCCCGCUGGAGGAUCCCCUCGGCUUUUCGGGACCAUGGGGCGCCCCCUUCUCUGUCCGCCCCCGACCGGUCGCCGCCUUUCCCCUCCGUGGCCUUCCUCCGAGCCCAACCUCAAGCCGUUGUGACGUCUGCCUGCCGCCGCCGCCGCCGCCAGCGCGUGUGCGAUCCCCGCGACGCAACCCGGAGAGACCCGCAAGGUGAAAUGGAAGCAAAGAGGCUGACCUACAUGAAAAGCAAGACCAGGGCGGCCCAGCAGAAGGAGCAGAGCAGGCUGCAGCUGGCCAACUAGCCUUUGACUCCACGCGGUGGUCGGAGAGCUUCGCCAGAGGACCCGGCCGGACGCUCCCGCCCGCCAAGGAGCUUGCGGCCGACGCUCGGAGACAGACGCUUAUCCUCACUUUGCAUUUGUUGCAAAUCCCGAUUCAAUGCGAAGAAGGCAAAGCUGGCGUGGAGAUGGUGCUUGCGCACACGGGCGGC